GAUAAGGCGAGCAGCCCCCACCCCCCCCCCCCCUCAUCCACCCACCCUCCCUACUCUGCAAACCGUUUUUCUCUGGCAGCUGGGACCCCCGGCCAUCUGCUCGGCCCCCACUGACACACUUUAACGGUUGUGUGUCCUUACGAUCCGUUCAGUGGUUGUUCCUUGCCGGGGUGUUCGCGACAACAUGGCCCCCUUUCCCCAACACGCACACGGAGCGGAGAGCGACGAGAAGCCCAAAGAGUUCAAAGUGGACCGGAAGAUCCGGAAGCCUCUGGUGGAGAGGCAGAGGCGGGCACGCAUCAAUGAAAGUUUGCAGGAACUCAGAGCUCUGGCAGACUCGGAUUUGCAGUCGAAGAUGGAGAACGCCGAGGUGUUGGAGCUGACAGUGAGACGGGUGGAGAAUAUUCUGCAGAGCCAAGCCCAGGAACUGGACGUGGUGAACCGAGAGGCGCGAGAGAGGUUCGCUGCGGGCUACAUCCAGUGCAUGCACGAAGUGCACAGCUUCGUGUCCAACUGUCCGGGCAUCGACCCCGCAAUCGCCGCAGAUCUACUCAACCAUCUCCUGGAGAGCAUGCCGUUGAACGACGAGGAUCGACGCCAAGUGAGGAUGUCGGACAUAUUCUCCGACUUCCCCCCUCACCACAACAACAGCAACAGUAGCAGCAGCACUUGUUCAGAGAGCGGCCGGUCCAGCCCCUGCAGCCCGGGCUCCCCCGCCCUGUCACUGGCCCCGUCCUCCUCUACCGACGACCUCUGCUCGGAUCUAGAGGAGACGGACUCCGAGCAAAGCAACUUAUCUAUACACGAAGGGGAAAUCCAGGAUGUGUCCUGUCUGCAAUAUUUAUCGUAUCCAAAAUCUAUGUGGAGACCUUGGUAGAUCAUCAUCCUGCACGCUUUAAUUAGAUUUGGUGAUAACUUUCGCGGACCACUAGGAUGAAGACAGCUAGGAUAACUUUGACAUGUUUCUGAGUGCCAUCUGAUAAGCUCUUUGUGUGAUUUAAAAGAAAAAAAAAAGAAACUGUAAUUUUGAAUUUAAUUUGUAAACGUAUUUAAAUGUUUGGCUAUUUAAAGUGGUUGAUUUGGUCAAUGCUGACCUGUUUAUUUUCCAUCGGUGAAGAUAGUUGUUGGCCGGGCCUUUUCAAAGGGGGAAAUGUACAUAUUUACAUGUUGUGUUUAUAGCAUGGCGAGCUUGCUUGUCCCACCAGAGAAGCAGGAUUAGUUAUGUGUGAAUUACUUUCCUCCCAUAUAAUUGAAUUUCAUAUGAAUGCAUGAAAUUACUGUUGGUCCAAUUAGCUGAGUAACCCAUGUUGUCUUAGUGAUGUCUGUCUUUGAAUAAAUACAAAAUCCUUUUAAAUUAA